UAGCUAUCAGAUAUUUAUCAUCAGGCUGCUCAUGGAGGCUGAACAUGAAUUAAUCCCUGGGAAAUCAAAUGGGAGUCGAUCUACUGCACCAGUGAAAAAGUCUGUUAUCGCCCAAGUUGGACACUCCAGGGCUGAGCUUAGCAGAUAAUGGUAAUCGCUAACAGAGAAUAUAAAAGCAAACUAAGCUCUUCUCGAACAGUACACGGUUAUGUGGGCAAGCAGCAUGUGGUGGCCAGUGUUGUUCCUAUGCGCUGGUUUCGGCGCAGUUUUCGCCGACGUAGUUACUUUGCCGGUUUCUGUGAAAUUUGGUGACGGCCUACUAAGCUUUUCAAAAAAUACUGACGGAGUUUUUUACGCCAUUAACGAGCAAGAUGGACUAACCGUGGAGAACAGCAUUUCCAUUGGACAAUCUAACGUAGCCAGGAAUAAUCAAGAAUACUCAUUGACGGAGUGUUCAACUGAUGAAGAAGAAGCCUGCGUUGAAUUUGUCAUAAAUGACGUGAAUGUCAUCUUCAAAAAGGACGCCAGCAAUCGGGCUUCGUCUGUCUCACAUGUCGUAGUAAACUCGACUAUGGAUGGUGUGAGAAUUGGUGCUUGCAUCGAACUAGGCGAUGGCGUUGACUGGUUCGGCGGUCCAGAGGCGAAGUACCAGCUGUGGCCAGUUCAAGAUGCCCAAUGGAAUUACACAGGUUACUAUCCGAAGGAGGACGACGCCGUUGCUAUAGCAGAACCGUACUGGCUCAGUAGCCAGGGGACGUAUUUGUACGUUAAUCCUGCCACAUCCAUGUUCAUUGAUCAAAACCAUCUCAACGACGGAUCACUCUGCAUUUACGCGGAGAACGUGACGCCGUACAGAGAAAGGAAUUACACCAGCCUCGAGUAUUGGAUUGGUAGCUACGAAGAUCCUAGAACAGCCCACGAAGCCGCAGUGGAGGAAUUCUUCGCUAAGCCAACCAGUAUCCCGGACGAACGGAUGAUCACUCAGCCAGUCUGGUCCACGUGGGCGCGGUACAAAAUCUACGUGAAUGACACAAUCGUGCGACAGUACGCUCAGGAGAUCCUCGACAACGGGUUCAACCACAGCCAACUGGAGAUAGACGACUUUUGGGAAACCUGUUACGGCAGCCUGACCUUCAACACGAGCGACAGUAAGUUUCCGAACAUCAAGAACUUGACCGAUGAUCUCCACGACCUUGGAUUCAGGGUCACUCUCUGGGUUCACCCCUUCAUCAACGUCGAGUGCACGGAGUACUACUCGAUCGCCCAGAGCGCCGGGUACUUCGCUAAGGAUGUUAACGGAACUAUACUGACCACGUGGUGGCAAGGAGAAAACGCAUCUGUCAUCGACUUCACCAACGAAGCGGCGGUUGAAUGGUUUACUUCGAGGCUAACAGCUCUGCAGACCAGCGCCGGAAUUGAUUCGUUCAAAUUCGACGCCGGCGAAGCAUCCUGGGCACCGGAACCAGCCGUCCUGACUGGUAACGUGGAAGAAUCACCGAGCAUCUACACCUACCAGUUCGCCAGGGCUUUGGCAGCAUUCGGAAACGGCAUCGAAGUCCGUACAGGUUGGCAGACUCAGGAUCUUGCCAUAUUCGUGAGGAUGUUGGACAAGGACACCUCCUGGACUUUCGAAAACGGGCUGCCAACUUUGAUCACCACUCUGCUGGUCAUGAACCUUGCUGGCUAUGGAUUUGUGCUUCCGGACAUGGUGGGCGGAAACGGCUACAUUGACGGCGUACUCGUCUCGACCGAGUACCCGAGCAAGGAGCUCUUCAUCAGGUGGCUUCAGGCCAACACAUUCAUGCCCUCGAUCCAGUACUCCUUCGUGCCGUGGGACUACGACAACGAGACUGUCGAGAUCUGUCGCACGUACACCGAACUCCACGAGGCGUACGCCCCGACGAUAAUCGAGGCGAUGAACGCACUCGUAGCCAAUGGGACCCCCGUCAAUCCUCCGGUUUGGUGGCUAGACCCAACGAACAGUGAAGCCUAUAAUAUUUCAGAUGAAUACCUUCUCGGCGAAGUAAUCCUAGUGGCUCCAGUCGUCGUUGAGGGUGCCGUAACGCGAGACAUCUUCUUGCCCAGCGGAACAUGGCGCGAUGCCACCUACGGCACGUAUGACAUCUACGAGGGUCCGACCUGGAUCUACGACUACCCGGCUCCACUAGAGGUCUUGCCCUACUUCGUCGAAUCAAGUUACUGGGAAACGCUGAGUGCAGGGAGCGGAGCUUUUAUUCCAUCGUCCAGUCUAACAGUGAUCUACGCGUCAGCAAUCUUAGCUUUGCUGACACAACAUUUCAAUUGAUCACCAGUAGCGUUAUGGUCAAUCCAUUUCAAAUUUGGAUCCAUAGAUAGAUAAGAACGGAACAAUUAUAUUUGCUCCGAUAAAUGCCCGCUCUUUAACGAUA